UGAGCCCUCGACUUGCCUCAUCCCUGAUGCCCCCUCCCUCCUUCCCCAUCCGCAACUUUGGUGGCAGAAGCAAUUUGGCCGGAGGUGCCGCUUCAACAAGUGUCUUGAUUGCCAGUCGCUUUGCUUAUACAUCAUGGCAACACUCAGUGCGAUCCGGAGGGUCGUGGAGGAAUAUCUCAUCAGCGUCGCACCAAGCACGCCAGAAGUUGGCUUUUUGACCUUGGUGCCCUGGAGCUCGCAGGAGAAGCCGGCCAACGUGUUGGCAUCUUGCGCAGAUUGUGGAGAGUUGAGGUUGGAGAGCAUCGCCCAGAUAGUGGAACAGCACGAGGUCGUGUUGAUCGUAUCCGUAUACAGGACGAACAAGGAGAAGAGACGCGUGGUAUGUCUUCUGGACCAUCUUGGGGCGGCUCAUCCCGACGUGGCCAUCUUCCUGGUACAGCUUCCAGAUCGGUUGGAUCCCGAGCUUACCAAGGCCUACCUUAGUAAACUGAUGGAGCGGUACGACGAGCUCCACAGCUUUGGGGCGGAUGGCGUGCUGAUGGAGCUGGCAGGUGACCCGGGGGGGCUGCAACAUAGGUUAAGUUUGGAGUUCCAAGAGAACGCCGCCAUCCAGCUGCGCGUGCGGGCACAGAUCAGCACUCUGAACCAGAGUGUGCUCUCUGCCAUACAACUCAAAGGCAUCGAGGACGAGUUCCGUAGUUUGCUCUGGAAUGCCAUUCCAGAUGUGUUGAUGCCCGGUUUCGCGCCUUUGGACGAGCGUCUCUUGGAAUGUGGGAAUCGGGUUGGGGAUUUCCAGCUCGUACGCCCGUAUUCGGAUCACCAGCACGUGUCGUUGGCGGUGAACGGGCAGCAUGAAUACGUAGUGAUCAAAGAGUACGACAAGCGCAGCGUCACCGAUGCCAGGGAGGUGGAGAGCAUAUACCAGGAAUUCUGUUUCUUGACGCACACCCUCGACCACCCACACAUCAUUCGUUGCGUAGGCAUGUUGCACAGCCAGCGUAGUGUGCAGUUGGUUCUCCAGUAUGGUGGAGACGUGUGCAUGGAGCAGGUGUUGUUGACUCAACCUGGGUACCGCUUGUCCAAGGACGAAGCCUUGGAUUGCAGUGCCCAGAUCGCCAGUGCUCUGUCCUACUGCCACGCCCAGGAUGUCGUCCAUGGGCAAGUGUCUUUGAAACACGUGGCUGUAGAGACAUCACAGAAUCGGCACAUCUGCCGCCUUGUGGAUUUCAGCAUGGCAGCUCACGUGCCAAACUCCAGCGCAAGGGAGACCUGGUGCGGAUCUCUGCCGUGCGUGGCUCCAGAGGCGGCGCUGAACGAGCCGUACUUGCCUAAGCCAGCGGAUUGUUGGAGUCUUGGGGUGCUGCUCCUGGAGACCGCUUGCGGGCAGGGUUCGCUCAAGUUGUCGGUCCAGUGGCGCCGUGGCGAGCCCAUCGCUUACGCCGCGCGGCAAGUACUCGAGUUUUUCUCCCAUGCAGGUAGCCACACCGAGGCGAUGACGAACAUGGGUAAUCCACUCGACGGCGUAACACUGGCGUGCUUAGAGGCGGUUUUGCAGCCCGAGCCAGCUCGCAGAACGAGUGCCUCUGACAUGGUAGGGAUGUUGUCUACCGGGCGCACCGAACAGGCCAUUUCUGAUUGAUUCGUUGCUGGUUGCUUUUGCACUUUGGUGGCGCGUGCAGCAGUGCAUGCGCCUCACAUUUUUAGCGCAGGCUUCGUGCGCCGAGCUUCUGCCUCAUAUGCCUAGAACCCUUCCCCAGUAUAAGUUUUCCGUCGGACCAUUUCUUGAUGGCCCUGGAGCCCGUUGAGGGCCUUCAGAUGCCGAGAUGCCACAUGACCGCCCGUCGGGGUUUGCUCCCACGUAACACCCUCCUCCCACCCCUUCUCCUCUUCUUUUCUGCCUCUUAACUCGCUCCUUCCUGCCUGCCAGCCUGCAUCCUACCCGGCAGUCCUAGGUGAUCUGGCCAUGCCCGGGGGGCUGCGAAAUGCGAAAAUGUCGCC